AUGUCCAAGCGGGCAGCGCCUGUUGACGAGGAGGCCUGGCUAGAAGCGAGGAAGAAGCUCCUUAAGGCUGAGAAGGAGUUCACCAAGAAGAAGGAUGAGCUCAACAAAAUGCGCAUGGAGAUGCCCUGGCGAGAGGUGACAAAGGAUUACAGCUUCACUCGGAAGGGUAAAACAGUGAAGCUGUCUGACAUGUGCACGCAUCCAACAGGCAACCUUAUUCUUGUACACUUCAUGUUCGAGCCUGGCUGGGAGAAACCAUGCCCCAGUUGCUCUUGGUGGGCCGAUGCGUAUUCUGGCAUUCUCCCGCACCUUCAUCAAAGAACGGGAUUCGUAGUAGUAGGGGCGGCGGCUGAUGAGAAGCUGCAAGCGACAGCCUCUGAAAAGGGCUGGACGUUUCCCUUCUACAGUUCGCAGGGCUCCGAUUUCAACCGCGACUUCAAUGUGGAAUUCACGGAUGACGACAUCAAGGCCAAGACUCGAAGCUACAACUACGACAAAGAACCCUCCAUGAAGCAGUAUCCGGGAUAUUCGGUCUUCCGUAAGGAGGAGGACAAGAUCUUCCACACCUACAGCACAUAUGUCCGAGGAAUGGACCUCAUGAACUUGACAUACAACUUCUUUGACAUCUUGCCUGACGGAAGGGCGGAAGAGGGCCUGCCGUUCAGUAUGCUAUGGGUCAAGCACAAGGAUGCCUAUGAGCGCACAUGGGAGGCGCCGUGA